UGUGGGGGUGUGUGGUGGCGGCGGCAAGGGGCGCUUGGUGAGGACGCCUUGGAGGCUGGAGGAGGUCGGGUCGCGCUGCGGCGUCGGGAGAGCGCUGGGGGAGCGGCGCCGCGCUCUCUGAGGAAGGAGAUUUCAACGAUCCCAAGACAAAAGUUCUGCAGAAAUGACCUCUUGUCAAGUUACUUUUGAAGUAACAGGAUCAUCAGCACCAGGAGAGGUUUUUGCAAUAUGUGGAAGCUGCAGUGCUUUGGGAAAUUGGAAUCCCCAACUUGCGGUGGUCCUCCAGACUGUGGAUGAUCUGUUUGAGAAAAGAUGGAAAACUACUGUAGAGCUUCCUAGAGGAGUUCCUGUUCAGUAUCGGUAUUUUAAAGGAUACUUUCUAGAACCUAAGGUAUUUGCACAACUUGGAGGGAAAAAAAAGAGCCAAGAGACAGAGACAGCUGUGUUUUUACAGACUAUCGAUGGUCCCUGCGAAGUCAUAGUUCACACGUGGGAGACUCAUCUACAACCACGAUCAAUUACCCCUUUAGAAAAUGAAAUUACUGUCGAUGAUGGACACUUUGGAAUCUGUAAUGGUAUUAAAACUGUGGAUGCCGGGUGGCUGACAUGUCAGACAGAAAUAAGGCUACGUCUGCAUUAUUCUGAGAAACCCCCUGUACUGAUAUCCAAGAAGAAAUUUAAAACAUCAAGGUUCAGAGUAAAAUUGACCCUAGAAGGCCUAGAGAAGGACUAUGAUGAAGAGGGCCAAGAGAAGACAUCCCCUCCUGUCCCUCAGAAGAUGGCAAAUACGGUGGAGUUCUCCUUGAUCAGUGACAACGACUACAAGUGUCGGCACUCUCAGCCAGACUGUGGCUAUGCUUUGCAGCCAGACCGAUGGAUAGAAUACACAAUACAAACCAUGGAGCCUGAUAACUUGGAAUUAAUAUUUGAUUUUUUUGAGGAAGAUUUAGGUGAGAAGGUAGUACAAGGUGAUGUGCUCCCAGGUCACGUAGGCUCUGCCUGCCUCCUGUCAUCCACAAUUGCAGAACUUGGAAAGAGUGCUGGAGUUCUGACACUUGCUAUUAUGAGCAGAAAUCCAAGGAAGACAAUUGGAAAAGUUAGAGUGGACUACAUAAUUAUCAAACCCAUCCAGGGAUACAGUUGUGAUAUGCAGGCUUCAUAUGCAAAGUACUGGAAACCAAGAACAACUCUGGAUGUUGGACACAGGGGAGCAGGGAAUUCUACAACAACAGCUAAGCUUGCUAAAGUUCAAGAGAACACCAUUGCAUCCCUGAGGAGUGCUGCUAGUCAUGGAGCAGCAUAUGUGGAAUUUGAUGUGCAUCUUUCUAAAGAUCAUGUGCCUAUAGUAUACCACGAUCUCACGUGUUGCAUGGCCAUGAAAAAGAAACUGGAUACAGAGCCUUUGGAACUGUUUGAGAUUGCAGUCAAAGAACUCACAUUUGAUCAGCUGCAGUUAUUAAAGCUGGCUCACGUGACGGCCCUGAAAGUAAAAGAUCACAAUGCAUCUUUUCAAGAGGAAGAGAACUCUGCUUUUGAGAUGCAGCCAUUUCCUUCUCUGCAAAGAGUCCUGGAGUCUGUUUCUAAAGAUGUUGGGUUCAACAUAGAAAUAAAAUGGAUCUCCCAACAAAGGGAUGGACAGUGGGAUGGCAACUUGUCAACUUACUUCGAUAUGAACCUUUUUCUAGAUAUUAUUCUGAAAACUGUUUUGAUGAAUGCUGGAGAAAGAAGAAUUGUGUUUUCUUCUUUUCAUGCAGAUAUUUGUACAAUGAUCCGGCAUAAGCAAAACAAGUACCCUGUGUUAUUUCUCACCCAAGGGGAAUCAAAACUCUAUCCAGAGCUGAUGGAUCUCAGAUCUCGCACAACUCCAAUUGCCAUUAACUUUGCACAGUUUGAAAACUUGCUGGGAAUUAAUGUGCAUUCUGAAGACCUGCUGAGGAACCCAGCAUUUAUUACCCGAGCCAUAUCCAAAGGCCUGGUUAUUUUUUCAUGGGGUGAUGAUGCAAACGACCCAGAUAACAGGAAGAAGCUGAGAGAAUAUGGUGUUCAUGGGUUAAUAUAUGACAGGAUAUACGACUCAAAUCCUGAACAACCAAAUAUAUUCCAGGUGGAGCAGCUGGAACGUCUCAAGAAAGAGCUGCCAGAGUUGAAAAGCUGUGUGUGUCCCUCAAUUAACCACUUCAAAUGCCAUCAUAGCUACCUGGAAGAGGAAGCUGUAGAUAAUUUGAAAAGUGUUCAGAUGCAAAAGGACUAAUUUUAGGCAGAAUGCUGUUUUGUAUCUAUUACAUUUUCACCAUUGGAAUAGUUCUGUCUAUGCUUUCAGGUUGGUUUGGUUUAAUUUUUAGUCUUCAAAUAGCAAUAACUGUGUUCCUCCUUCCUAACAGUACUUAGUUAAAUUUCAAAUAAUGUUAAAAUAUUCAGCCAGUUAUUGUUCCCAUUUACAUAUACAGUUUUAACUUUUUCUUCCCAUCAUAUCAAAUCUUGAAAAAGAAAAUUAUUAUUAUAUUAUUUUGCUUUUAAAAAACCCCAAAAAUUAAUUAAGCAGUCUCAGUAGUGAAAGCUCAGAAACUAUUAUUGUAGAGAAAUUACAAUAAUCUGAUAUUGAAUAUAUUGAAAAUUUGUUUUGAUUUUGAUUUUACUUACAGGCUGACAAGCUGUAGCAUUUAUCUGGCAGCAAGAAAUUGAGUGAUUUUAAGAUACAUAUAAAUAGAUCUGGCCUAUAAAAAGAUCUGAACAAAUUGGCACCUCAUGUGUAUGUAUUUGCACUGGUAGAUCCACCCAUACAAAGCUUUGUGCCAUUAAAAAAUUUUUUUAAAAUUUUUUUUAGCAAACUGCAGCUCAUUUCCCCCCACUUCACUGGACAUUGAGGCUGCUGCCUUUGUUUCCUCAGCCCCAGUUCAGUGGUACAGCAAUCAGGGGGGAACAACCAUGAGUACAGGUUUUUCAUUCAUCACACACAGGCCUGCUAAACUUUAAAAAAUGUUGCUAAUAAUCUUAACAGAAUUACAGAAACAUCUUCAGUGGUUGAGAAUCUUUUUUGCACAGUAACCUUAAUGAACAGACUAUGUACCCUGCACAAACUCUACAAAAUGCAUGCUUUAUCUAUUAAGCAUGAAUUUUAGGUGUUUGCUGAGGUCCUUGCAUCUUUAUGGUGCUAGUUAUGUGUGAAGGGUGCAAGGACCCACUCAACAACUUAAAUCUCCUUUGCCUGAGAAGCCACAAGCCUGUUACUCACAAACAUUUGGAGAAGAGGCUAUUCCAUACGUGGUUUGUCUUAUUUACAUAAUGCAAGCUACUAGCUUUUGUAUUUUGCAAGAUCUUUGGCUUUUACCAUCACAAAUGUACUGGAUUCAGAUAAUCAGUAUUCUGUUGGCUGGUAUCUAUCCUCUGUAAUUUAUUACAAAGUCAUAGUUUAGAGUUCUUAAUAGAUAAGUCUGCAUGUCCCUUCUCCUCCUGACGUUGCAGGUCAUGCCAACACGACAGCUGUAACUUUCUACUGAAAUGUUAAUGUAUAAUAAGAAUGGAAGAUAUUUAUUUUUUUUUUUCUGUUGUAAAUUGACAAUGAAAACAAUAGUAUGUACUAUAUUCUUUAUAUACAGUCAUUGCUACAUAUAGAACUGAUUGUACAAAGAGUAAAGCCAUUGCAAAUAAGUGCUUGAGCCUGCACUGCUGAGCAGUUUGAAACA